GUUAUUUGUGACCAUUUAAUGAUUGAAUGAAUGACAACGUGUUUGUCACUAAUUGUCUGGUCUUUACUGUAAACACUUGAUCCCCGAAAAUGUCUUUUUAUUAUGAAGAAUAUGAAGAGGACUUCAACAAUCCGUCUGAUCCUUAUGUUAAGGAUAAUUUGGAUUCGCGUCCCGACGGGGGUUACGGCCAACAUAUGAUUCCCGAUUUGGUUCAGGACUUCUUGCUCUUACUCAAGAAGGCUAUCAUUGAGCGCAAUGUUUAUGACAUUCAAAACUUAUAUGAAAACACUUUUAUCAAACUCUCUGAAAGCUAUUACUCUGACAGUCCGUGGCCUGAAAAAGAAGAAGUAGAACAUCUGAUGCCAGAAGACAACAAUAUAUUCAUUAUUUUAUAUAAAGAACUGUAUUAUCGACACAUUUAUGCCAAGUGUCAGCCAACUCAGGAUCAAAGAUUUGAUUCGUACUUUAAUUAUUGCCAUUUGUUUAAUUACAUCUUAAGCUCUGAAAAGCCGGUUUUGUUGGAACUGCCAAAUCAAUGGCUUUGGGAUAUUAUUGAUGAAUUUAUCUAUCAGUUCCAAUCGUUUAGUAUUUAUAAAGGCAAGUCUCAGAACAGAUCGGCUGAAGAUGAAGAGCUAUUGGCUGCAAGUCCUCAAGUCUGGAAUGUCCAUUCUGUUAUUAAUGUAUUGCACUCAUUGGUCGAUAAAUCUAAUAUUAAUGAACAACUAAAAGAGUAUAACAGUGGUCGAGAUCCGGAUCAAGUGGCCGGCGAGUUUGGCCGACAACCGCUAUACAAAAUGUUGGGUUAUUUCAGUUUAAUUGGUUUACUUCGUCUUCACUCACUGUUAGGCGAUUACUAUCAGGCCAUCAAAGUGUUGGAGAACAUUGACCUCAACCGUCAACAGUUGCAAAUGAUGGCAACGGCUCCAGUGCUUGCGUGUCAAACAACUACUUUCUAUUACGUUGGCUUCGCUUAUAUAAUGAUGAGAAGAUAUUCAGAUGCUAUUCGCACUUUUACUAACAUUUUGGUAUAUCUUCAGCGCACUCGACAAAUGUAUCAUCAGUACCGCACAUUUCAAAUGGACUUAAUUGAGAAGCAAACGGAUCAGAUGUAUAAACUAUUGUCAAUAUGUCUGGCAUUACACCCCCAAAGGAUUGAUGAAACAGUUUUGUCGCAUAUGAAUGAAAAAAUGUCGGAUUCGAUGCUGAAGUUGCAAAGGGGAGACCUAAAGGAGUUUGAAAAUGUCUUUAAACUGUCGUGUCCUAAAUUUCUGUCACCAGUGGUCGGUCAUUAUGAUAAUCCACUUUCAAAUCAACCCUCGGGUCCAAAAAUUGAUCCGUGGAAACAUCAGAUGAAAGUGUUUCUUGAUGAAGUUAAACAACAACACCCGCUUAUGGAGAUCCGCUCUUAUCUAAAGCUAUACACAACAAUGCCUAUCGAGAAAUUGGCUAAUUUUGUUGAUUUGCCUGAAGAUGAGUUUAAACGCAAUUUGCUUUGCUUUAAACAUAAGAUGCAAAACCUUGUUUGGACUAAAGGACAGUCGGGUCUCGACGGAGAGUUUCACUCGGGAUCUGAUGUUGACUUCUAUAUCGAAAAGGAUAUGAUACAUAUCGCUGACACUAAAGUUGCCCGACGUUAUGGUGACUGGUUUUUGAGACAAAUCCAUAAGUUUGAUGAACUCUACCGAAUCAUCAGUAAUAUUAACGUUUAAAUCAAUAUUUUAUUUAAAUUUAAUUCAAU